CCAAGCUCCGACUUUUCAAGCUUCAGCCUUGACGCCGACGAAGCGCGCCGACCUCCCACGGCACAUCUCCUACUACCGCCCUAUUCGCCGCUGCAGCACUUCAACCCACCGAAGGCCGCCAAUAUGAAGCUCGUUCGAUUCUUGAUGAAAUGCGCCAACGAGACGGUGACAAUUGAGUUGAAAAAUGGCACCAUCGUCCAUGGCACCAUCGCCUCCGUCUCCCCCCAGAUGAACACAGCCCUACGCACCGUCAAGAUGACGGCCAAGGGCCAGGACCCCAUCUCCCUCGACACCAUGAACAUCCGCGGCUCCACGAUCCGAUACUUCAUCCUCCCCGACUCGCUACCCCUCGACACCCUACUCAUCGACGACCAGCCCAAGCCCAAGAACAAGGCUCGCAAGGAGACCGAUCGGGGACCACGUUAAACGGAGGAUUAAUGAGGUGGGAUCCAGACCGGACGUUCCUAGAAUGUGGGGACAGAGCGGGGGAUGUGAAGAUAUCUCGACGAUAUUGAAAUGCAAAUGGAACCUGGCGUUUGGGAUGUU